AUCUAAGGCCACCCUCUGGGGGAGGGAGUUAGGGAAGCUGGGUUGGCUGGGUUGGCAGCUCCUACCUACAGUGUAGCUAGAAGAUAUGGGUCAUGAACAGAACCAAGGAGCUGCGCUGCUACAGAUGCUACCACUUCUGUGGCUGCUGCCCCACUCCUGGGCCAUCCCUGAAGCUCCUACUUCAGUGUGGCCGGAUGACCUGCAAAACCACACGUUCCAGCACACAGUGUACUGCCAGGAUGGGAGUCCCAGUGUUGGACUCUCUGAGUCCUACGAUGAAGACCAGCUUUUCUUCUUCAACUUUUCCGAGAACACUCGGGUGCCUCGCCUGCCUGAAUUUGCUGACUGGGCUCAGGAACAGAGAGAUGCUCCUGCCAUUUUAUUUGACAAAGUGUUCUGCCAGAUGAUGAUCCGGGAACUAGAGCCAAUAUUUGAUGGGAAAAUCCCGGUGUCCAGAGGGUUUCCUAUCGCUGAGGUGUUCACGCUGAAGCCCCUGGAGUUUGGCAAGCCCAACACGCUGGUCUGUUUUGUCAGUAAUCUCUUCCCACCCAUGCUGACAGUGAACUGGCAGCAUCAUUCCGUCCCUGUGGAAGGAGUUGGGCCUACUUUUGUCUCAGCUGUUGAUGGACUCAGCUUCCAGGCCUUUUCCUACUUAAAUGUCACACCGGAACCUUCUGACAUUUUCUCUUGCAUUGUGACUCACGAAAUUGACCGCUACACAGCAAUUGCCUAUUGGGUGCCCCAGAAUGCACUGCCCUCAGAUCUGCUAGAGAAUGUGCUGUGUGGUGUGGCCUUUGGCCUGGGUGUGCUGGGCAUCAUCGUGGGUGUUGUUCUCAUCAUCUACUUCCGGAAGCCUUGCUCAGACUGAUUCUUCCUGACCAGAGUUUGAUGCCAACAGCUUCAGCCAUCCAAACAGAGGGUGCAAGGUUUCUCGCAUCCCGCCCAGGAUCUCUUCUUCUCAGGCUAGAAGAAGUCUCUGUGACAUCCCUGGGGUGUGUGUGUGUAGGUUUCCCACCUGGGGGCUCUGCUGUCCCUGGGCUUGCAUCCCAGGGAUCCCAGAGUGGUCUGCCUAUCACAACCACAUCCCUUCCCUGUCAAGGCAAUAAAUCUCAUUUCUUAA